AUGUAUUCAGCGAUUUGGAUGGAAGGUCCUCGAUGGAUUUGGGUUGAAAUGGCUGACCAAUGGAUACGUAACGGGCCCAUAAAGGUCGCACUUAAAAGAUUUAAUAACUCGCAAAACUUAAGCGCAGACUAUUUUAAUCAAGUCA